GACGGGAAGCUGAGGGGCUUAGCUUUCCAUUACGGAGAACUGGAUACAUUCUAGGGGAAGAAUUAAGUGCAGACAAGGAACAAGAACUAAGCCAGAAGAAAGAAACCUAUUUCCUUCCUGAUCUUAAAAGAUCUGCUCAUGGAGACACAAGCAAUCCAGCCAGAUUGUUGGGAUAUAAUUGAUGACAGCCACAUUAAGGAAUUUGAAGUAGACGAAUGGAUCAAGAUCACCCUUGCGUUCUUAUACAUCAUCAUCUUUCUGGCAGGUAUCUUAGGCAAUAGUGUCACUAUCCAGACUACCAAAGUGCUGCAGAAGAAAGGCUACUUGCAGAAAGAAGUUACAGACCACAUGGUGAGUCUAGCAUGCUCAGACCUGCUGGUCAUUUUACUGGGGAUGCCCGUGGAGUUCUUCAGUAUGAUAUGGAGUCCUUUCUCUACUCCUAAAGGCGACCUAGCUUGCAAGUUGUACUGCUUCCUUUUUGAGGCCUGCAGUUAUGCUACAGUGCUGCAUGUGGCAACUCUAAGCUUUGAAAGAUAUAUUGCCAUCUGCCACCCUUUCAAGUUCAAGUCUGCUUCUGGACCCUGCAAAGUGAAGAUCCUCAUUGCCUUUGUCUGGAUUACAUCUGUGGUGGUGGCCCUACCUCUUCUCUUUGCAAUGGGGACAGAGUACCCCUUAGAAACCAUCCAGGGCCACCGAGGAUUGGUUGCCUGCAACAGGUCCAAGGCCCGGCACCAUUUGCCUGACUUAAUUUUUAAUGUGACUGUGUGUACCAGCUUGUCCUCCAAAUGGAGAGUCUACCAGGCUAGUAUCUUCACUGCCUUUAUUGUGUAUGUUGUGAUCUUGGCAUCUGUAGCUUUUAUGUGCCGGAAUAUGAUGAAGGCCCUGAUGAUCAACAAGCAAGGCACUGUGGCAGUGCGAGGGGAGACAGAAAGCCAACAGCAAUAUCUAAGGAAAACUGAGAAACCUGACGGCAGAAGUUCCAGGAAACAGACCAUUAUCUUCCUAGGUUUGAUUGUUGCAACUCUGGCAAUAUGCUGGUUGCCAAAUCAAGUUCGAAGGAUCAUGUCUGCUGCUAGACCCAAGCAGGACUGGACCGUCUCCUAUUUCAGAGCUUACAUCACCCUUCUCCCUAUAGCUGAUGCCUUCUUCUACCUCAGUUCUGUAGUGAACCCACUCCUUUACAAUAUUUCCUCCCAGCAGUUCCGGAAUGUAUUUCUUCAAGUCCUCCGUUGUCGCCUGACACUAGAACAUGCCAACAAAGAGAAGUUUUUAAGAGCCAAUUUGAAUUCUAUAGCCAGUAGUGGCCGUUCCCGUCGCCCAUUGAUCUUCAGUUCAUCCCGGCGCAAGUCUUCUACUAAGACUGCUAACAAGGUUUUCUUAAGUACUUUUCAGAGCGAGACCAAGCCUGACUGCAGUUUUCAGAAAUUGAGUCCUGAAUCACUGGAGCUGAAUGUGAAAACGAUGCCACCAGAGACCAGCACAGACCCUAGUCCUGCUAACCAGAAUGGCCUUUGUGAACAUGAACUGUGAAUCUUCAGAAAACAAAGUCAGAUGAUACACAAUAUGCUAAAAAUGCAAAUUAAAAAACAAACAAAAGGGUUUACAGCCUGCAGGUUGUACCCUCCAAGUUUAAGUGCUUGUUUCAAUAGACUAGUUUCCAAUAAUAUAAAUGGAUAUGGGUUCUACAUGGGUGACUGUUGAUUUUGUUUUUCUUUUAAAGUGCACACUGGAAAGUCAGACGGCUAGAUCUAUUCUGUUGCCAACGAAGUUGCUGAGUAUUUUCAGAGUAAACUCUUCUUUUAGCAGUUGGAAACAAACAGCAACAUUACAGUGAAACCAGCUGUGUCUUUGAAGGAAAUGACACAGGACAAAUGAUGCCAACGAAGAAAUCUUCCAUUAGAGUUUAGCAAUGGACUGGUGAUAGAAGUGCCAAGCUAGAGAGCAGUAGGGUUGUUAAUACACCAGCCCUGGGCCUGGUGCCAGGGCUUCCCCGCUUCUUUGGCCUGGGCCCAUUGCAGAGUGGAGUAUUGCAGCAGCUUAUACAAACAGAGUUUAUCUUCCCUGGAGUACAGAAAGUCUGGUAUCCGGCAGAGGUCAUGAGGCACGCUGCAGAUGAUGCACAAGACUUGCGAUACAGGAUCCCUGUGACACAGAACAAGAGUUUAUUUAGCUUGAUAUGAACAAACAUGCUUUCUGCUGUACGUUAGCUUUUUUCUAUUUGAACAAACUGCUGAGCUUUCAGAAAUAGUGGUUCUGGUUCUCAGCGCAUUUCACGGAAUUUAGCUCACCAUCACCUGUUGUGUUUUUAAUAGGAAAAGCAGGGCUGAAAUAAAUGGCAUUAUUCUGAAAGCUUCCUCCCUCAUCCCCCCAUUUUAAUUCUUUGCUUCCCAUAAAGCCUGGAAAUUGUAAAAUCAAUACAUUUUGGCAUACAGCACUUUAACGUGUGUGUGUUUUUAACUCUUUAUAAAUAAAGCAGUACCUGCUUAAGAUCUGAUCACUUAAUUUGAUCACAUUCAAAAAUUAUUACAUGAAUUAUAACAGAACCCAGGAUGUUUUUAUGGUCAAGGUGAUCAGUAUUUUAAAGAAGUUCUCCUCUGCUCCCUUUCUGUGGAAAAACCCAAACAAUGAAAAGCUCAUGGGAAAAUUUGGCAUCUACAGAGCACUGUUCAGUGCACACAAAGAAAAAGAUUAUAAAACUCUCUGCCUUUCCAAUCUUGCAACUAGGGUAUGGAAGAAAAAGAAGUCUUGAAAAAUUCCUUUAGAGACUAUUCUGUACUUUCAUAUAUUUUAAUUGAAUGAAACUGAGU